GCCAUGACUCCGUCCAGUGUUGCAGUCGCAGUGGUGAUGCUCGUGACGGUCGGGGUCGCCGUGACGGACGCCUACCAGCCGCCGGACAAUGAAAGAGUGUGCCCCCUCAACGACAUCGAGGAAAGGAUCUUCUGCGUGCAAGACGCGCCGGACGCCUGCACCAGCGACGCGCAGUGCAGCGGCAGCGAGCGCUGCUGCAGGUUCGGCUGCCGCCGCCAGUGCGUGACCACCUGUCCGCCCUGCGGUCCGGGGAAGGAGUGUCUGAUCACGGGCGUGUUCUGUGGGCCGGACUGUGAGCGGCAGCCGGCCGCUUGCCUGCCGGCCUUCGGCCAGCACUAAUGACGUCACAGGCUGGUCACUGAUGACGUCACCGGCUGGUGACGCCCGGGAUGCCUGUUGUGCCGGUGGAAAUGGCGCUUGAUUGAGAGCUGCUUUGAGUGAAACAGAGAUUUGUGAGCUCAGGACUACCUCAGUCUUCGCACUAUACGUGCUGGCGGCAUUGAAAAAUGUUGAUUGGUGUACGGUAUCUAAUAUAUAUUGGCCAAGGCUAGUUAACUCAUAAUGAUACUAUCAGCCAUCCGUUCUGGGAAACAUCAACGGACACCGAAACGAAUCUCAUUCACAGAACGUCGUUGCUGGAACUAACCAGCCUAACGGAAGUGACCGAACGUAGUGAAUACGCUGUCUGACGAAAUUGUGCGACUGCAAUGAGCUCAGUCUUGCGCAAGUCUGCGAGUGCAUUAAAUUAAAACGUUCUUA